AUGCCAUCCUUAAGGUCUCGCAAAAACAAUGUGGCAGAUCAGAUGCCAGAGACCGAUAUUUAUGGGGCAGGACAAAUGCCCAACACCAAACAUGACGAUGUCGCACAAUCAAGCCGACCAUCUUCAAUCGCCAAUCCCGAAUUUUCCUGCAAUCCCGAAACCCCUUUAGCCGUAUUCACGUCCCAUGAUGGCUCUAAAGCUGCUGGCAGCUCUUCGCCUCCCGCCGCGAAUGUGACACCGCCGGAGAUUUUGCUCCAAAUAUACUCGAUGUUGACCCCGCGCGACUUUGAUAAUGCACGAAGAACAUGCUCCCAAUGGAUGCGUGUGAGUUUGAAUCGACAUUUACUGGAGGGCAUGCUGAAACGGGCAGGAUGGUGGGAUGCAUAUCUGCAAGAUGCUACGAAACAACAGAUUAGACGCCGCUCAUCCGGCGAGGAAAGCGAUGUAUGGAAAAUGAGUCGCCGGUUCGCGACAGAGUGCCUUCUUUCUGGGCGGAAAUCAAAUGUUGAGAGACCCGGUUUUAUAACCUCGGAAGUCAUCGACUUCUCUGGAUUAUCACAAGGCCUAUCCAAGGUAAAAGCCCAUGCCGGCCUCUCGCAUAUUCUGUCCAAGGCAGCGCGAAAUGAAGUCCAGCAAUCCCCGUCGACUUUCAGCAUAAGCAGCUGCGGCAAUUAUUUGCUUGUAACUGCUGGCUGCAUGAUCUACGUAUUCCAGCUCCUCCAACGGACACCCAAAUUCAUGUCUUCGGUAGAUUCGAACGACACGGACCUAGUGCCGAUCACGAGCAUAUCAUGUCCCUACGAGGUCCUAUCCGCCACAUUAGAUACAACUACACCGCGCAGUGUGAUCGCAGCAUUACUACGGAAUCGGAUUGGAAUGGUGUGCGACGUGGAUCUUUCAGAGUCCAGGCCGAGCACCAACACUUCCGUGUCCGCUGGGCUGACAGCGAACACCCCUCAGACACCCCUCAAUUCCAAUUCCAUCAACAAUAUCUCGCCUCAUUACUAUUACAAUGUCUGCUCUGAGGACCACCCACCGCGAACUAUCGCACUCUGUCCUGGCCGUCGAUGCGUAGCGUUUGGAUGUGCUAGAGGCAUCGAAGUCCACUGGGUCGAUGAGACCACCGGCCAAGACCAACGCCGAAAUUUUCCUAUGUCUCAGCCAUCAGAAAUUCUGCACUUCUUACCCAGCACGCCUGAGAGCCCGAUGGAAUUGCGUCUUAUUUCUUCACUGACUGGACCAGGUUCGGCGACGCCCCCAAAUACGUCCAAUCUCAGUCUCGUCCGAGCAACCCAUUGUCACCACUACCGCGCCGUCCCCAUCAACGACGGCUUCCACAUUAUCUUCGUCGAGCCUCGCACCGGACUUCUCUGUAUCGGCUCCGACGCCCCCAUCGGCGGGCCUACCAGUCUCACUCGCGCAUUUGUAUGUGUCCCACCCUUUGGUAAAGAUGGACGAGAAUUCUCGGACAAUAUCAACAACGCGCGUGUGCCUACCGUGUUCACCGUUGGCUCCGAUCUCAGCUGGGGCCUGCGGGUCGUGGCCGCCUACAAUGACCGCAUCGUGCUGUACUCCGUGCCGCUGGAUGUCUUCAACGUCAUCCGCAAGGAGCGCGAACGCCAAGGCGACGGCGUCAUGGGCGACAGCGACCUGGCGCGCGACUGGUUCGUCGACACCGAGCGCUUCCGCAAGCGCCGCGAGAGCCUGGUCCAGAACCAAAAUGGCGACUGGGAGUUCUUGCUGAGUGUCAGCUACCGGCCGACGGCGAUGAUGUGGCCAUUUAAGAUCUACGGCAAGGAGAUCGGGCGCGUGGACAACCUGGUCGAGCUGGCGUUGCAGUCGUCGAGUGGCGGCGCCAGAAUCUGGGCAUUUAGUGCGGCGGGGGAAGCGCGCGUUUUCGACGUCGAUACGGUCUCAUCUGCGGCGCGGACUGCGGCCGAUAUUCCAUGCAAGAUUGUGACGGUUGGUCCGGAUGGGAGGCCGGCAUCAUCACGGCUUAUUGAUCGGUCUGAGCUGGGCUCCCUGUCUCUUCGUGGCUCGCGCAAGCGCAAGGCAGCUGAGCUGCGCGACGCGUUCGCGGGCCGGUAUGGUACGAGUCGCUUCGUGCCGAGCAUGGCAUUAGGUGGUUUUGAGCCAUCUGGCCUUGCAGCCACGGCGAUGGCCCAGAGUGAGGAACCAACGGUUCGUCGUCCGUCGUUUGCAGCCUGCAUUGUGGAUUUCAAGAUCCCUGAAUUAGGGCCGCGGGAGGGUCGAUGGAGAGCCGACGGCUGA